CUCAGGAGAGCUGGGCUCAUUUUCUGUCUCUGAAAAGACUUCCUGUGUGAUUGUCAAGAAACAGUCAUGUUGAUACCAGAUACCCUAAGGCAGUGCAACUGGCAUGGAGAUGGAGCCACAUUUCUGAACAGCACAGGAAGAGCUUUGCAAAACUUGUCUACUAGGUUGUUCAUCAUACAGAAUACAAGGAACCGCAGGUCGCACAGUGACUUCUUCACUAGUGAAACUAUGUAUUCAUUUGAAGCAAAAGGGUUUUCAACAGGAAAAGUGCCAGCCGUUUGUUUCAAGGGUGACCCUAAGCGAUAUCACUCUUCUGAUGGUAACAUAGGUGGCAAAGGAGCAGACGCUGCAAGCAUCUGGGUACAGAUCUGGUCCUUAUGCUCAAUGAUGCCAGCAGAGUUAAUACUGGAGUGGCAUGGGAAAGUGGCCUAUCAUGGUGGACAAAACAAGGCAGCUCUUCCCAGAAACCUUCUACAAAGAAUUGCAGAGUACCUCCAUGAAAGCGUCCUAGAGAUCUCCAUCAACAGUCUUUUUCUGAGAGCACCUUCUGCGCCGCUGGAGUGGCCACCAAUACCCACUACACCUACUUUCCUGGCAUCACGCUCCACCACUAACUGGUCCAGUGAAGGGAAGGGCUCCAUGGAUAAAAACAGUUCUUGGCUGUCAGGGAGAAUGGAUCCUCCACUCGCCUGCCUCACAUUCUCCUCCUCUUCUUCCUUGUCAAUGUCCUCCUCAUUGCUGCUCAGGGUUGCCCAGGGCUCCUGA